AUGGCCGGGGGACGGCGGGGGCCGGGGGCGCUGGCGGAGCCGCGGCGGCUGAUGCGGUCGGGGCUGGGGCUGAUCGUGCUGGGCCACGGCAGCUUGGUGCUGGGCGCCAUCGUGCACGGCUCGGUCCUGCGGCACGUGGCCGGCGCCCGCCGAGCCGUCACCCCCGAGUACGCGGCGGCCAACGUGGUGUCGGUGUGCUCGGGGCUGCUGUGAGCGCGGGUCUUCCCGCAGAGCAUCGCCGCCGGCAUCGUCGCCAUCCUGGUGUCGCACAAUCUGUCCCGGGCGGUCCUGCACUGGACCCUGCUGAGCGUGUCCCUGCUGAACUGCCUCCUGUCCACCGCGUGUAGCGUGGGGCUGGCACUGGCCAUCGCCCUCACGGUGCACGGCCGGGGCACACACCUGGUCAGGGGCUGCAACAGCUCUGCGCUGCCUGCGGACGCCCGCACAGCCAUCGCAACCAACGACUGUCCCUUCAACACAACGCGCAUCUAUGACACGGCCCUGGCCCUCUGGUUCCCCUCCCUGCUGCUGGCAGCUGCAGAAGCCGUGCUCUCGGGCAGGUGCUGUUUGGUUGCUCUGGUCUUCCGGGGCAUCGGGCCCUGUGCACACAGCUGGGACAAAGAGCAGCUGGCCAGGCCAAGUGCAGCGACAGAGAGGCCACCCCGAGAGAGGCAGCAGCUCCUGGCAGGGCUGGCUGAGUCUCGUGCCUAGCUGGAGAGGUGGUGCUGCAGGAGUGCUGUGAUCCAGAGCAAGGUGACAUCACACCUGCACCAUGCCCCUGCUGUGGGUGAGGUGGGCUGCAGGGGUGAGGGGUGUGCCUUCCUUGUCCCCCAGCCCCACCACCCCACCUGGCACAGAUCCUGCAGGUCAGAAGGUGCUUUGGGCCCCAGACACUCUCCCCCUUCUCUCCCCAAGCUGCCAGGCCCUUCCUGGCAUGCUGAAGGCUCUGUCAGCAGUCAUGUCUGUCAGCAGUGACUGGGGUGAGCAGAGGUGCCGGGGCCCAAGUCCUGGUGGCACUGCGAGCAGGUCAGCUGGCUGUGCCAUGCUCAGGCAGGGCAGGGAACAGAAGGUGAAGAAUCCUUUUGGUGUGAGCCUCUGGGUUUCUUGAGUAAAUAAACUUUUCCA